AUGGCAAAUGGUAUUAGUAGAUGCUUACGUGAGUGGGGGAUAAAUAAGAUCUUUACUGUCACAGUUGAUAAUGCAAGCUCAAAUGAUGUGACAGUAAAAGAAUUGUCUAAACAAUUAACAAAAAUGGGAACUAAUUUGAUGAACGGUAAUCACCUUCACGUGAGGUGUAUGGCUCAUAUCAUGAAUCUUGUCAUCCAGGAUGGUUUAAAAGAAUGCUCUUUGUCUAUUGAACGUGUUAGACAUGCAGUUAGAUAUGUUAGGCAGUCUCCUGCGAGGUUGAAAAGAUUUCAAGAAAGUUGUGACGAUGAACAACUCAGUUGCAAAAAAUCUUUAUGUUUAGAUGUUCCAACUAGGUGGAACUCCACCUAUCUGAUGUUGAGUAGGGCUGUUGAAUUUGAGAAUGCAUUUUCAAAUUAUGCUUCUCGUGAAAUCGGCCUGAGACAUUAUCUUGAAAAUUCUUAUGUUGAAGUUGGAAUUACUACCGGUGAACUUUUGAGUAGUGAUUGGAUCCAUGUGAAAAGAAUUACGAGAUUUAUUGAGAUCUUUUAUCUUCUUACUUUGAAAAUAUCUGGAUCACGUCAUGUUACGUCAAAUAUUCAUUUUCUUGAAAUUUGUGUUGUUGCUGUUUAUUUGAAUAAAUUAAUGGCAAGCGAAGACACUAGUUUAAGUGAUAUGGCAAAGAAGAUGAAAGAAAAAUUUAAUAAGUAUUGGGGAGAUCCAACAAAAAUGAACAAGAUAAUUUUCAUUUCAUGUAUUUUGGAUCCUCAUUACAAGCUUGAAUCAGUUGGCUAUGCACUUGUAAAGAUGUUUGGAACGCAAGGGCCAUCUAUACAAGCAGAAGUAAAGAAGUACAUGACUUCAUUAUUUAGCGAGUAUGUAAAAUCCAGGCAGCGUGCUUGA